CAAAUUGAUCAGAAUUUUUUUUUACCCAAUUGUCAAUUGAGUUUCUGGUUAAUUGUUUUAUGUUUACAUUUUACUAAGUUGAUUCUAAUCAAUUGAUUAGAGUUUACAACUUGAUUGGGCCUUUAACUGUUGUCUAUGUUUAUUUUAAUUGUCUAGAUAUUGUUGACCUUUUGAUGUUACUUGUUUAAAGCCUUGGAUUCUUAUGGGUGUUUAUUGAGAUACAAAAUUUGAUUUAUUGGUGUUAGCUGAUUAUGGCCACUCAAGCUCAAGGAACGCCUGAUACUGGGCCCAUUGAUUAUCCAGCGAAAGUGAAAGAUCUUGAAGAGAAAUUAUUGACUUUGAAAAUCAAACGAGCUGAAGAUGGUCGAAAGAUCCAGGAAAUGGAAAGAAUCAAGAUUCAAAACCAACAGUUAUUAGAGUUUAAGAAACAAAUUCUUGAAUCAAGGGCUGAAUUGCAGAAACAAUUAGUUCAAGCUAAAAAAGACGCUGAAGAAGCCAUUGCUGAUAAAGCUCGUCAUGCUGAAGAGAUGAAGGAUUUGGCAGAAACAGCGGAAAUCGCUUGUCUUGAUAAAGAAAUGGCUGAAGAAAAAUAUGAACAAUUAUUGAAGGAAAAUGAAACAUUGAAAGAAAAAUUGGAAGAAAUUUCAAUUGAUUUCGAAUUGUUGAAAAGUGAGAUUGAUGUUCAUGGUGAUGGUGUUUCCAAUGCUUAUGAGGUUAAGCAACUUCAACAACAAAAUGCUCGUUACAAUGAGGCGAUCAUUAAAUUGAGAGAUAUAUUAUCAGCUGAUAAGGUGGAAACCAAGGAUACAAAAGACUUGAAAGAAUCUCUUAAUCAAGUGAGUGAGCUACAAAAAUUGAAGGAAAAAUACGAGAAAGAGAUUAGCAGUUUAGAGGAAAAUAUCAAUGAGUUAAAGGAACAGAUUGAUGACGCUCUUGGUUCUCAAGAAAUGGUCGAAAUUUUGACGGAGAAAAAUCUUGAACUCGAAGAUAAAGUGAAAACCCUUCAGGAAGAGGUAGACGAUCUCGAUAAAAUUCACGAGAUAAAUGAACAGUUACAAGAAGGAGCUCGUGACACGGAAUUGGAACUUCGUGAAGAAUUGGAUCUCAAUCGAACCAAAAUAAACAACCUUCUCAAGAAAGUAGAAGAUGGACAAGAAGCCUUAGCCAGUUACGAAAGUACCAUUCAGAAAUUCAGAGAACUUGUGAAAUCGUUGCGAGAUGAAAACUCGGAUCUUCGUAAACAAGGAAACCUCGCUCAAGUUCAGAGUCAAGAACAGCAAGUGGAAAACAUUGAAUUUAAAAUGCGUUUCGCUGAAUCAAAAGCCUUCGCUCAUGCCGUUGAAAUGGAUCUUCGAAGAUUGGAAGUGACACAAUAUAAGAAACAAAUUAAACUUUUAUCUAAAUUUUUACCUCAAAGCUUCUUCAUGCCCGGAGGAGAUCAUGAUGCUAUACAAGUGCUUCUCUUUGUCAUUAGAAUGUUCGAAAAAUGUGACAUAAUCUCUCGUCAGAUCGUUGAAAAAUACCCGCUGGUGGAAGAUUAUCAAUUAGAGGCUUGUAUUGACUCAGAUUCUGUGAUCAAGAAAACAAAUGAAACGAUUAGACAACAAGGUUUCACUCGUCGAUUGCUUUUCCUUUUGUCAUCUAUUCAAACGAUUCUGGGCCAAUAUACUGAUUCUUUGAAAUCGUGUUCCAUUGAAUUGUAUCUCAAAAUAGCUUCACUUUAUCCCGAACUGAAGACUCACGAGAAAACGAUUGAUGGAUUCAUUGAAUUACUCAAGAAAGAUCAAUUCGACGAGACGAUUUCAUUGGAUAAUCUUGAGAAAGCUUUAAAUUACUUUGUCUCUUUAUAUAAUCUUCAUCUUGCCGAUAACAAAGUUAACAAUUGCCGUGACUUGCUUUCUAAUUUUGUCUCCAUCAUGAAAUCGGGUGUUGAUGUUUCCCUUAUUGAUGUUAUCAUGAUUGACAAAUGUAUCUCACCAAGCGCCGAGGAAGAGA